AUGACCUUCCGGACAAAAGGAAGGUCAUUUUCGUGAUCAGUGGUGUCUUCCGAACACCGCCAUACCCCGUUGGUCAGGUAAUUUUGGGACACCCUGUAUAUACAUAUAUAUAUAUUUUUGUUUGUACAUGGCAUGUACUGGAAUCAUUGAUACAUUUAUGGCUAUGUAGAAUCGUCUUUGUUAAUGGGACCAAUAAAUAUUUUCUACCUUUAAAUGUAAUCUAUUCUGGAAUUCAUUACAUCGUCCAUUCCUUACCUUCCAAAUUCAAAUCCAUCCGUUAUAGAUUCACGUAAAAGAAAGUACAUAAGUGGCAGAUGGUGCCAGACUAUGGAUAAAGAAUCUAUCAAGUCAAAGAAAUCAUCUUUGAAAGAUGAUUACUUGGCUGCAUUUCAUACAGUAAAAUUUGCUAACGAAAGCAACAGUUACAUAGAAUCUAUCGAUAUUGAACGACGUUGUUUAGCGAUAAAAUACUUAACAGCAAAAAAUCUAGAUUCUGAAGAUACUGCAGCACUUUUGCUUCAAAAGAGUUUACAAAACUAUCAAGAUCAAAUAGAAAGAAAAACUGAAAUAAAUAACUAUUGGAGACAAUUGAUAGAACCUAGUCUCAAAACUAAUAAUGAUCCAAAGAAGUGGAAAUCCAGUUUACAUGAUUCUAAAACAGCACUUCAAUUUUUGAAGCCCCUGAAAUGUCAAAUAAAUAAACUAAAGCCUUGUAAAAAUUUAGAAUUUUCUGAUAAACACACUAAGACUAUAGUUGAUCUUUGGAAAAAUGGGAACAGUAUUGAACGUCAUAGGAAGAUUAAAGGAAAGAUAGAUUUUAGUACAGAUUCGCAUAGCAGAAGUGGUUUUGAUAACAAUACCAAAUUCACCAAGGAAAAAGAAAAAGAUUUAAAGAUAUCUAUUCGUUCAGAUGGAAAUAGAACCAAUCCUGUUUUAUUAGAUCGUUCAGCAUUCACUAGAAGUAAUCCAAACUCAACAGAGCUUGCACAAAACCCGUUUUUUAAUAAAAGACAUUUUCAAUAUCCAGGACCAUCCAAAUCUUACAAUAAAAAAGCUUCUCAAGAUAACUUCUCAAAUACUGCAUUAAAACAAAAGUAUCACAGAUUCCCAGGUCGCUUUAGACAUCCAGAAAAUACUGAUGAGUUGGAAGAAGAUUCCAUAAACAAUGCUCAUCUUCAAGAAACUUGUGAAUCUUUACAAAAAGUGCAAAAUUUCCGAACAGCUCGAACCGAGCUGAGUUUACAAGUAAAAAAUAAAAACGUUCCUCAGAAAAAGAGCCUGGGUGGUAAAGGAUCUGUAAACUCAAAAUUUACUUGUCCUAUAAAAAGUCAACAGCAGCAGCAGCAAACGGUGGACUCCGUAGAUUCACAAGAACCGGUCGACGAACGUCUUCGAGGUAUUGAACCUAAAAUGAUUGAGCUAAUAGAGAACGAGAUAAUGGACCGCGGAACGUUGAUAUCCUGGGAUGACAUAGCUGGUCUGGAAUUCGCUAAAAAAGUAAUUAAGGAAAUUAUCAUAUUUCCAAUGCUGCGUCCGGACAUCUUCACGGGACUACGAAGGCCACCACGAGGAAUUCUAUUAUUCGGCCCACCAGGAACAGGAAAAACCCUCAUUGGCAAGUGCAUAGCAUCCCAAAGCAAAUCAACCUUCUUUUCUAUCUCUGCUUCAUCCCUGACGUCAAAGUGGGUCGGUGAAGGUGAAAAAAUGGUAAGGGCCCUCUUCGCCGUGGCGAGAGUUCAUCAGCCAGCUGUAGUGUUUAUAGAUGAAAUAGAUUCUCUGUUAAGUCAGAGAAGUGAAAGUGAGCACGAAAGCUCGCGCCGCAUCAAGACGGAGUUCCUGGUUCAAUUGGAUGGUGCAGCCACAGGUGAUGAAGAAAGAAUUCUAGUAGUGGGUGCAACAAAUAGACCUCAAGAACUUGAUGAAGCCGCCCGAAGACGACUGGUUAAAAGAUUGUAUGUUCCACUUCCAGAGUUUGAUGCUAGAGAGCAAAUAGUUAGGAAUCUUUUAGCUUCUGAGAAGCAUGAGCUCUCCGACGCUGACAUCAAGGAAGUCGCACAAGGAACAGAUGGUUACUCUGGUGCAGAUAUGAGUAAUCUAUGCAAAGAGGCUAGCAUGGGACCUGUCAGGAGUAUUCCCUUUGAAAAGCUGGAAAACAUCAGGAUGGAGGAAGUCAGAGCACUUACUACUGAAGACUUCAAGGAUGCUUUGCAAUGCGUGGGUGCCAGUGUGUCGAGAAACGACCUGCAAGUCUACGUGGAUUGGGAUCGCACUUAUGGAACCGGAACUGCUAGAAAUUAUAAAAACCUUAAUUCAUUGAAGUGGUCUGUGAAAUUUAUUUAAACUGAAUGAAGUACGUGGAUUGACUGGUCGCAGCGAAUAUGACAUGAUUAUGUGCAACAUCCAUUACAUCCACGGAAAUAAUAGCUUCGGUAUCGAGAAC